UUUCGUUUUGUUUUUCCCAUUAGUGUUGAGUGAGAACUGAGAAGCACUCAUAUAGUUGCUCAAACACAAGUACUCAACACCCCUUUCUCUCUCUCCUCUCUCCCCCCCUCACUCUCUCUCCUCUAUAUCUCUCUCAUGGGGGAAUAUUUAGUAAAGGUUGAAGAAGCACGGCCGGCCAGUGACCGGAAUCCGUCAGCCGGGCCGGUGUACCGGUCAAUAUAUGCCAAAAAUGGACUUUUGGAGGUCCCUUCUCAAAUGGAUUCUCCAUGGCAUUUCUUCAUAGGGAGCGUAAAAAAGAGCCCAAACAACCAAAUGUUGGGUCGCCGUCAGGUCAAGGAUGGAAAGGCCGGUGCAUACAGCUGGCUAACCUAUCAGGAGGUCUACGAUGCAACGCUCAAAAUUGGUUCAGCCAUACGACGUCGUGGGGUCAACCCUGGUGAUAAGUGUGGCAUUUAUGGAGCCAACUGCCCUGAGUGGAUCAUGGCCAUGGAGGCUUGUAAUAGUCAAGCUGUAACAUACGUGCCACUUUAUGAUUCACUUGGUCCAAAUGCAGUGGAGUUCAUCAUCAACCAUGCUGAAGUUUCUAUAGCUUUUGUACAAGAAAUCAAGCUACAACAUGUAAUAACAUGUCUUGCCAAAUGUACCUCAAAUUUAAAGACUAUUGUGAGCUUCGGAAAAUUUCCCGAUAAACAAAAGGAUACGGUUGAGUCACUAGGCGUUUCUUGCUUCUCAUGGGAAGAAUUCGCUCUUUCGGGGAUUUCGAAUGAAGAAGAUUUGCCUCCCAAAAAGAAAACAGACAUAUGCACGAUAAUGUACACGAGUGGGACAACAGGCGACCCAAAGGGAGUAAUUCUAAGUAACCGAGCUUUCAUGGCAGAAGUCUUGUCUGUGGAUCAGCUUCUUCGAGAGACAGAUAAAGCUGGUACAGAAGAGGAUGUGUACUUUUCAUUCCUACCGUUGGCUCACAUAUUCGAUCAAAUUAUCGAGACUUACUGCAUUUAUCGUGGUUCCUCGAUUGGGUUUUGGCAAGGGGACAUUAGGUAUUUGAUCGAGGAUCUUGUCGUGUUGAAACCGACUAUAUUCUGUGGAGUUCCUAGAGUUUAUGAUAGAAUAUACACAGGUAUAAUGGAUAAAAUAUCGACAGGCGGUACAUUGAAGAAGUCGAUUUUCCAUAUUGCUUACAACUACAAAUUAAGGAAUCUCGAGAAAGGGCUCAAGCAAGAGGAAGCAUCGCCGCUUAUGGACAAGUUGGUUUUCGAUAAGAUUAAACAAGCAUUUGGUGGACGAGUUCGACUGAUGUUAUCCGGGGCCGCACCUUUACCUAACCACAUUGAGGAGUUCUUAAGAGUGACUUGCUGCUGUGUUUUAUCACAAGGCUAUGGCCUUACGGAAAGUUGUGGCGGUUGUUUCACGUCAAUAGCGAAUGUGUUCCCUAUGACUGGGUCGGUUGGCGUGCCCAUGACGACAAUUGAGGCUCGACUCGAGUCCGUACCCGAAAUGGGUUACGACGCACUUUCUUCUAUCCCGAGAGGCGAAAUUUGUCUUAGGGGAAACACAUUGUUCUCCGGCUACCACAAACGCCCGGAUCUUACCGAAGAUGUAAUAAUUGAUGGAUGGUUCCAUACAGGCGAUGUCGGGGAGUGGCAGCCGAGUGGGGCAAUGAAGAUUAUCGACAGGAAAAAGAAUAUAUUCAAGCUGUCGCAAGGAGAGUAUGUCGUGGUCGAGAGUAUAGAGAGCAUUUAUUCGCGAUGCCCUCUUAUUACGUCGUUGCGUGGAUUCGAAAUGUUGAGAGGUGUUCAUUUGGAGCCGGUUCCUUUUGACAUCGACCGGGAUUUAGUUACUCCAACUUUUAAACUAAGGAGGCCACAGUUGCUCAGUUAUUACAAGGACUGCAUUGAAAGGAUGUACACUGAAGCCAAAGGACCAAAACCAUGA